CUGCAAUGUAUUAUUUAAUAAUUUUAAAUAGCUUUAUAGCGAUUAGUGCAUUAGAGUCACGCGUAUAUAACGGCGUUGAUUUGGAUCCACGGCAACACCGGCAUUUGGUACUUCUCGAAAUCAAUUUUUGGGACCCCGGCACACAUGGAACUUGCACCGGCUCCAUAAUUAGUGCACAAUGGAUAAUCACAGCCGCGCACUGCGUCACCCGUGAUGGGAUCGAGUCGAUUACCGUGCGACAAUUUAAUAAAGAGAUCGACAGGAUCCUAACGUAUGUGAGACCAUAUAAUUUUUUUAAACAUUUUUUAUAUAUCAAAGGUCUUGAGGAGAUUUCCAAUUCAAAAAAUGAUAUUGCUUUAUUAAAAGCUUCAAAUAGCAUCGUCUUUGAUAAGUAUGUUUCGCCGAUUGAACUAGCACAUGCUCCGCCUCAGAUUGGAAAUCCUGUAAUAAUGGCUGGAUAUGGGCUUAACGAGAUAUCAGAGAUGGAGCCGCCAUUGCCGCGACAAGGAGUGGCAAGACUUACUCAAUGCCCAAUGCUGGAUGAAUAUAAAGAUAUGUGGUGUAUAUAUGACGAUGUGAAAACUUCACCUGGAGACUCCGGCGGGCCCCUGACCUAUAAUGGUAAAUUGGUGGGCAUUACUUCUGGAGGCGCUGGAAAUGGAUGCGCUAAAGGGGAUUCUCCAAUACUGCCAUGCCUUCAAUAUUAUCCAAAAAUAACAUAUCACUAUUUCUGGAUAUUGAACGUAAUGAUUACCAACGGAAUGUAAAAUCCACAUAUUUAGCUCUCAAAUUAUUAAAUAAAUAAUGAGUAUUGAG